CGGCGGGCGGCGGCGGCGGCUAGGCGGCUGAGGUCUGGCGGCGGCGCCGUGGGCUGCGCUGCGGCGGGAGGGAGGAUGGGCACCCAGGGCAGCCCAGUGAAGAGCUACGAUUACCUGCUCAAGUUCCUGCUGGUGGGCGACAGCGACGUGGGCAAGGGCGAGAUCCUGGAGAGCCUUCAGGACGGCGCAGCCGAAUCCCCGUACGCCUACAGCAACGGAAUCGACUAUAAGACUACCACCAUCCUGCUGGAUGGACGGCGUGUCAAACUGGAGCUCUGGGAUACGUCGGGCCAGGGCAGGUUCUGCACCAUCUUCAGGUCCUACUCCAGGGGCGCACAGGGAAUCCUCCUGGUGUACGACAUCACCAACCGUUGGUCUUUUGAUGGCAUUGACCGGUGGAUCAAGGAGAUCGAUGAGCACGCACCUGGUGUUCCCCGUAUCCUGGUUGGGAACCGGCUGCACCUGGCCUUCAAGCGGCAAGUCCCAACAGAGCAGGCCCGAGCCUACGCAGAGAAGAACUGCAUGACCUUCUUUGAAGUCAGCCCCCUGUGCAACUUCAACGUCAUCGAGUCCUUCACUGAGCUGUCCCGUAUCGUCCUCAUGCGGCAUGGCAUGGAGAAGAUCUGGAGGCCCAAUCGAGUUUUCAGCCUGCAGGACCUCUGCUGCCGUGCCAUUGUCUCCUGUACCCCUGUGCACCUCAUUGACAAGCUUCCACUACCUGUCACCAUCAAGAGCCACCUCAAGUCCUUUUCCAUGGCCAACGGCAUGAACGCUGUCAUGAUGCACGGCCGCUCCUACUCCCUGGCAAGUGGGGCCGGGGGCAGUGGCAGCAAGGGCAACAGCCUUAAGAGGUCCAAGUCCAUCCGUCCCCCCCAGAGUCCACCUCAGAACUGCUCUCGGAGCAACUGCAAGAUCUCCUAGCGGGACCUGUGGGUUCCGCCUGUUCAGACUUACGCUGGAGCACUCCUGGCCAGGCGCUAGGCCCUGCUGUGUGCAGGAAGACUUGCCUACACAACCCUGCCUGGGUCUCUCCAGGCUUUCCUCCACAUGUGAGCUAGUGGAGGGGAGGGCGUGUGGGAGAGAACAUGCUCCACAGACCAGGCAGCAGGGCUGCUGGUGCUACGGGGACCAGGUCUGAACCAGUCCUGGACUCCAGGCUGGAAGGGAGCCUGGCUCCCCUUUAUUUAUAUGGAGAACAUUUUACCUGUUUUGUACAUUUUUAAAGGGCUGUCAGGGAAGCCUGGAUGCCCCUCAGAGCCACAUCAGCCAUUGGGGAAGCUCAGGAUGUCAGGGAAGGAGUGAUGAAGCAGUGCUGGAGGGUUUCAGUGUGGAAGCCAAAUGCUCUUUGGAUUUAUAAAUACCCUGGCUGGGUGUUGAGGCUGCUCAGAGGCCAGUGGGAAACAGAUGGGGCAUGGGGGCACUCCAGAGGCCUGUCAGCAGGCUUGGCUGCAGCUUGUGCUGGACAUAGGCCAGGUCUCACUCCUGAGACCUCCUAGGAGAGGAGCAAGUUGGAGCGCCUGGGAACCCCACUUGUAUCCCUCCCUACUGCGCCCUCGCACUUUUGGUGAUGUUUACUAUUCACUCAGCAUCUCCAGGUUGAGGCUACAGAGCUUUCUGCAGACUUAAGUGCUUGAUGGCCUCCAGUGUCUGUGGUUUGGGCACAGGGCCUAGGACCUCAGUGUCUAGCAGCUUGUUCUCAUCAACCUUAGCUGUGUUUCAUAGCUGCUCCUUGCCUAUUGUGGCCCUUCUGCCUAUAAGUUCAUGUCACUGGAAUCUCUGACCUGUUUCUUAGUGACACUUUCUGGAACAGCAGCCUCAACCAUAGGGUUGGACACCCAGCCCCUCCUUAGGGACCCACUGGCUAGAGCAACUUCUGAAGCCAUGGACUAUUUCUCCACAAUGCUCCUCCUACCCCACUCUGCUCUGGUCAGCCUUUUCCCCUGUGGGGAUGUUGUCCCCAGUGGAUGUCCUGUGUGACUGCACCCCCGUCCUUGCCUGGUGACACAGCCCUCAGGCACGCUGGUGCUUAACUCUACCUCCUGCCCUCAGGGCCCUGGCCAUAGCAGGAGCCAUGACCCCUUACUGGGGACCUUCUUAGUGCACAUUUCCUAAGACCAUCUUGCCAUGGGUGUUACUAGGGCACUGGUAGACACUGCGCCAGCCUGCUGUUCUGGGAGAUUGGGUUAAUGCCUGUCGGGACAGGGUUAUGGUUGUGGGAACUGCCUGAUAAGCAGCAGCACCUGGGACUCUGGCCCAGGGGCUGGAUACAAUCAAGCAUCACCUUUCCCCACCAGUCCUGUUGCUGUUGAUAAGAGACCUUUUCUCUGGAAUCGCCAAUAGAAUGGUAUAGACUUUGAGGACCUGGAUUGGCCUGCGUGCACACCAUCAACACUACCCUUGCUGCUGUGGACUCCACCAUUCCUGGUUCUUUGUUCUUACUUCUUUGUACAGUAAAUGUACUUCAGCAGUGA